CGACCUCUCGCGGGAAGGGGCGGAGAUCCCGGUCGGAUCAGUGGGCGUGUCUCCGGCCGCGCCGGAAGCGCUGUCCUCCUCUUGGUCCGAACUGGUUGUGGCCUGUGUGUACGGUGAAGCCUGGAGCUGGAGUAAAGGCUGCGCGAACUUGUUGCGGGGGGAGGGCGAUGGGAUGGGGGGAAGCCUGGGCCCCGUGUGACCCGAUCUCCGGGGAGCUGUGUGAGAUAGGACAAGAUGGAGGACACUUAAGGCCAGAGUGAGGUGACAAUGCUGCAUCUUCAGCCGCCCUCUUUACAUGUAUAGUCUAAGCAUCCUGCCAUUCUGUUCCUGCCUUUGGUAAAAGUGUUGUACCAGGUCCAGGCUGGAGAGGAGGGAGGCAGGCAUCACCCCCUGGAACACUAUAAGGCCUCAGGAGAGUGUGUACACUUAAGAUGUCCUUGAGCAGUGGCGCACCAGGAGGGAAAGGUCUGGACACAAAUCCCGUGGAGACCUAUGAUAGUGGUGAUGAAUGGGACAUCGGUGUGGGCAAUCUGAUUAUUGACUUGGAUGCUGAUUUAGAAAAAGACCAGCAGAAGCUUGAGAUGUCAGGAUCUAAAGACGUGGGCAUGCCAGCCCCCAACGCAGUGGCCACUCUACCUGAUAACAUUAAGUUUGUGACACCUGUGCCCAGUGGCCAAAGCAAGGAAUCAAAGUCAAAAUCAAAGAGGAAUAAAAGUAGCAAAGAUGGAGGACGAAGCAGUCAGGCUUCCUCUGGACUCUUCUCAGCAGGGGAUGCAAGUAAAAAGGAAGUGUCGGGACGUUCAGCAGAUGGUGGGGGCAGCUCAGGAGUUCCCUCUUCCACAGUAACUCCUACAAAAGCAGGAGAAAAAUCUGGCAAGGCUGCCAGGAGCUCUUCUAGCUCUAAAAAGGAAAGUGGCAAGGCCAAAAAGGACAAGAAUGAGGUACCUCUGGCAAGUGGCGAGAAAGAGCCUCUUGGAGUUUUGCAGACAGCCCCUGGAGUGGGGGGUCGAGGAACUACAGUGCAAGAAGCUAUGGGGACUGCAGUAGAGCAGCUGGGUGGGGGCAUUGCCACGGACAGUGGAAGUACAUUGAGUGUUAUCAAAACAGAGAAUGAGGAUCCUGAACUAGAAAAUCGUGGAUUAAAGAAAGUCAAGUCAGAGAUGAUGGAGUCUCCUGUGUGUGCAGCUACAGGGCUUCCUCUGCAUCUGCUGGUCCCAAUGGUGAACAAUGACAUCUCCUCUCCAUGUGAGCAGAUCAUGGUACGCACAAGAUCUGUCGGUGUCAACACCAGUGAUGUCGCUCUAGCCACUGAACCAGAAUGUCUUGGACCAUGCGAACCAGGCACCAGCGUGAACUUGGAAGGCAUUGUAUGGCAGGAGACUGAAGAUGGAAUGCUGGUAGUAAAUGUGACUUGGAGAAACAAGACCUAUGUUGGCACACUGCUGGAUUGCACACGGCAUGAUUGGGCACCACCUAGAUUCUGCGACUCUCCCACCAGUGACUUGGAGAUGCGGAAUGGACGGGGGAGGGGUAAACGCAUGCGUCCAAGUAGCAACGCUCCCAUUGCAGAAGGCACACCAGCUGUUGAUGGUAAAGGUGCAAGCAGUAGCAGCAGUAGUAGCAGCAAGACGCGUGCUGGAGCAAACAACAAAGGGAGACGUGGAAGCCAGAAUUCAGGAGAUCAUCGUCAACCACCUUGUAAUACGUCGGAGGAUAUAAAAGCUAGUCCCUCAUCCGCUAGCAAGCGAAAAAGCAAGCCCCCAUCUGACAUUGAACUGACUUCAAGCUCAGAAGAUUCCAAAGGGAGUAAACGUGCUCGCACAAAUUCUAUGGGAUCUUCGUCUGCCCCAUUGUCUGGAUCCUUGCCUUUAACAGUACCAUUAAGCACUAUCAAGGUAGAGCCAGCUGCACUGGAUAGGAAUUGUUCUUCACCGAUAUUAAUAGACUGCCCACACCCCAACUGUAACAAGAAAUACAAGCACAUUAAUGGCCUGAAAUACCAUCAGGCCCAUGCACACACAGAUGAUGACAGUAAGCCAGAGGCAGAUGGAGAUAGUGAGUGUGGGGAGGAGCCUCAUCUCCACCUUGACUUGGGUGGCUGCAAUGGUACUUUUCCUUCUCAGAAGGGUUCUCUUUCCCCUGCCAGAUCUGCCACACCUAAGACUCGUUUGACUGAACCACCAAGUCCUACACUUUCUUCCAAGCUCGGAAGUAAAGGUUUAUGCAAAAAGAAAAUGGGCACUGAAGGUGACACUGACCCCGGAGCACUUUCUAAUGAUGGGUCAGAUGAAGGCCCCAUGGCGGCGGAUGAUACAAGCAAUGAUGGUUUUGAGUCACAAGAGAAGCGAAUGGGUGAAAAAGAUGCAAAGAAAGGAAAUGGGAAUAACAAACAAGAUAAAUUGGCUUCAUCAAAAAGUGUUAAGUCUACACGUCCCAUUGCACCUGCUAUAGUUCCACAACAGAUGUAUACUAUUCAGGCGACCAAUUUUACCGCUUCAAGUCCUGGAUCUUCAACUGGCCUCACUCCCACAGUAGUACAAACCAUGCCUACUAGCCCACAACUUAAGCCCAUACAGCCCAAACCAACAGUUAUGGGAGAGCCAUCUAGUAUUAAUCCAGCAUUAACACCAUCAAGAGAUAAAAAGAAAAAGGAUAAAAAGAAGAAGGAACAAAGGGAUGAAGAAAGUCCUGGAACUUCCAUAAAAGUUGGUCGUCCUGAAGACGGGAAAAGUCCUUAUGGGGAAGCAGUCGCUGAUUGUUCAAGCAAAGGGGAUGGACUUCUUAAUGGCUCUGAUGCUCAUCAGAGCCGCCUGGCCAGUAUUAAGGCUGAGGCUGACAAAAUCUAUAGUUUCACAGACAAUGCACCCAGUCCCUCUAUAGGUGUAGGAGGAAGUACUUCAAACCGAAUGGAGAACCCUAGUCCCAAUCAGCCUAUGACACCGCUACAUGUUGUGACCCAAAAUGGGGCAGAAGGGGCUUCAGCUAAAACGAACAGUCCAGCUUACUCUGAUAUUUCUGAUGCAGGUGAAGAUGGGGAAGGCAAAAUGGAAGGCACAAAGGUCAAGGAUCCAGAGCAGAUGGUGAAGGAAAGUGCCAAAAAGUCCCUUUUUCCACCUCAGCCCCAGAAUAAAGAAUCCCCUUACUAUCAGACAUUUGAAACCUAUUAUUCUCCAAACUAUGCACAUUCCAGUCCUGGUCCUGGUGCCAUGAAUCCUACUGGUCAGACUACACCAGAAAGUCAGCCACUUAAAGUCAAGAAAGAGGAGGACUUGGAAGUUACUGAAGUAAAAAUGAAAGUUGAGCAACCGGAAGAUAAAAAGCCAGAGCUGAGCACUAGCCAGCAGCCUUCAGUUAUUCAGCAGCGUCCUAACAUGUACAUGCAAUCACUCUACUAUAAUCAGUAUGCCUAUGUGCCUCCCUAUGGCUACACUGAUCAAGGCUAUCAUGCCCAUCUACUUAGUACUAACCCAGCAUAUAGACAACAGUAUGAGGAGCAUCAGAAACAAAGACAGAACCUGGAACAGCAACAGCAGCAGCAGCAACGUAGCCUUGAAAAAAAAAACGAGAUGGCCAUGAGAGACAGAGAGGCUUCUCUAAAGGAAGAAUGGAAACACAAGUCUUCAGUACCUCCUACACUCACAAAAGCUCCAAGUCUGACAGAUUUAGGGAAGUCUUCUUCCAGUAAGCCUAAGGAGCUAGGACCCGGGCCUGACCCUGGCAAAUCUGUGAUUAUUCCAAAGCCUGAGGAAUCUGCCAAAAUGUCAGUGCAGCAGCCAGAAAUGUUAAAAACAAAAAUGUCAGAAGGAGGAGGACACACAGGGAAGGAAACUGCAGAACCUUCCAAACCUGUAAGCGAAUGUAAUAGGCAGGCUGGUCUAGACCCUGUCCUUUGGUAUAGACAGCAGCAAGAGGCAGAAUCACGCAUGUGGUCCUAUGUCUAUCCCAAGUACACAGAUGCUUUAAAAGCUGAUGAUGAAAGAUGGAAAGAAGAGAGGGAACGUAAGGUCAAGGAAGAACGGAGUCGCAGCAAGGAAGCUUCCUCUAAAGAGGACAGCAAAGAAGGUGUUAAUGUCGAAGCGAAGGGACCACAAACUGAGGACCUUCGUGUGCUGCCUAAGGACCCCCGCACUAGUACUCAUGUUCCUGUGUCAUCGCCACUUACCCAACAUCAGUCCUAUAUUCCAUAUAUGCAUGGCUAUACUUAUAGUCAAGCUUAUGACCCCAGCCAUCCAAGCUUCCGUGGAAUGCCAGCAGUCAUGAUGCAAAACUACCCAGGAUCUUAUCUCUCCCCCAGCUAUCCUUUCUCCCCAUAUGGCAACAAGGUUUCUGGAAGCGAAGAAUCUGAGAAAUCACGAGCCAGCCCAAGCUGUAAACCCACCUCUGAAUCGAAGGCGCUUGAUAUUUUACAACAACACGCUAGCCACUACAAAAGCAAAUCCCCCACUAUCUCAGAUAAAUCUCCCCAGGACCGAGAUCGAGGUGGCUGCAGUAUACAAGGUGCUUCUACAGCAGGUCCGGGUGGCUGCAGUAGUAUGGGGGCACCAGACCGAGGAUUAAGUGACAGAAAUUCAGAAAGACCCCGAACCUCUCCAUCCCAAAGGUUAAUGUCCACACACCAUCACCACCAUCAUCUUGGCUACUCCCUUUUGCCUGGCCAGUAUCAACUGCCCUAUGGCACAGGUUUGUCAUCUACACCCAUUGUAGCAAGUCAGCAGGGUUCCGCGCCAUCACUUUACCCACCCCCGAGGAGGUGAAAGCGAAAAAACAUCUGUCAAGUUCCGUGUCUACACAAGUCAUGUGACUGGAUCACAGGACACAUCUGAAAGAGUUGGCGCAGUUGAAUGGUGUUUCCACCAAGGGCUCCUCAGUUCCUAUUCAGAUCCAGGACACACAAGUCUAAUUGUUGCCCCUUCAAAAGCUCAGCUCUCCUCUUCCUAUUCUAUGGAGACCUGGUUUUGCAAAACAUGACUGUAUUUAUUCUUGCAUUUCUCCAGUGAACUGGGCCAUGAGGAGAAGACUUUCCUUGUUCAUAGUGAAUAUGAAUGCACAGCAUCAAACACCUCAGUCAUAUUGUGGAACAUUCAGGGUCAGGAAAUGGCAUCCUGUACCUACAGACUCUGGUUAAAUGUUAUUUUCAAGUUACUAUGAUGAUGACUUUGUUCCUGUCCUGUUGUUGACACUCCAUCAACCAUGGCUCAUCAGUUUAUGGAUUUGAGAUUUGUUUUGACCACAUGCUCAGGCAUCUGAUUUUUCACAGGUUACGCAGGUCAAGGGAGGCUUUUGCAAAUACGACGUCGACAUACCUUUCGAAUAUUCAGUUUUAUGUUUUAAACGUUUAGGGAAUGGCUUUUAAGGAGCUGUUUCUUUUCAAUAUCCUUCAGUUCCACAUGUCUGUUUUCUGAUCGAAUGUCUGAAUUUUGUCAUGGCAGUUACUAGAACUUGGUGUUUGUGCUUCAUUGGCCAACCACAUAGAGAUACAGAGGGUACCUUUUUUGUGAACCUACAGGCUGAAAGUUAAUGUUACUUUGCACUGUCUGAGCAGCUCUGGUUCACUACUCAACUUGUCCCCACCGAUGCCUUUUUUUUUUUUCCUUCUUGAUUGAACAACACAGAUAUUAACCUCAAAGCUCUUAAUCUCCUGUUUUGCUAAUCCCCUAGAAAAUGGGAGAAAUGAAAUGGUUAAUUUUAUAUAUGCGGAGGCAUGAAGACAUUAUUGUAAUAAUGCAGGGCUCCCAGUUCUGCCCCUUGGCUGUGUAUAAUGUGUAUAUAUACUUGAUGAGGUUCUUUUGUAAGACACUAAUCUUAAAAAA